CAAUACCCUUGUAAUACUCGCUUGCUAAGCGACGACAUCUUUCUUCUCAAGUCAAGAGACCGAAUCGUUGAUCCGAUUCCGCCUCUCCGACUCGACACUCGUUACACACCUAUACUUUACAACCCUUUCUUCGGUCGACCGACCAAGACUCACAUAUACACAAAAUGAGAUUAUCAACAAUCUUCGCGGCUGUGGUUGCCGCUGCCUACCCGGCAUACGCAGUCACCACCACCAGCGAGACGACUUCUACUGCAGCUUCAACUGCGACCGGUGUCGCGUCGCCAUCGGCUCAACCUACCCUCGGCGUAGCCAUCUCGCAGGGCUGCUUCUCAUCCUGGGGCGAUCUGAUCUUGACAAACACCUCGGUGUUCAAUUCUCGAGGCUCCUGUGCGACCGUGAACUGCACGGACGCCGGCUAUCUGGUGGCCGCGAUGACGGACGGUGAUGAGUGCUGGUGCGGCAAUGAGUACCCACCGGAGGACACGAGGGCAGCCGACUCCAAAUGCAGCAUUGGCUGCUCUGGCUAUCCUCAGGAGGCCUGUGGUGGCUUCUCGGGUAAUACGAAAUACUUUUCGGUAUUCAACACCGGCAUCUCGCUGGACGUAUCCUAUGCCAAGGACAAUGCUAGUUCAACAAGCAGCACAGGCAACGUAGUUGCUUCGUCUACAGUCGUAUCCGGUGGCCAAA